UCGACCUGGCCCUCAUCGCAUCACCCUCGUCCGCUAGCACCCGCCAGCGACGCAGACACAAAGACGCGCUGCCUCCUUGCAUUGCGCCCAUCCAACCAUCGUCAGAUCUUGGUCCGCUUCCCGACACGCAGGAUCCGGCAAGCAAGCUUAUCUGGAAUCCCUGGGUUCAAGCGACUCCGCCGACCUGUUUCGCGCGCGCAAUGAGUCUGUGACUCUGCACGAAAAAGUAACACGGGCUUGUUUGCAUUCACCGCUCCCUGCGCCAGGCCGCAAACACUUCCACCACCUAGACCCUCAAGGGGUUAUGCUACCGUACCAUGGACGGCCAUGGCACAAUCAACCCUGCUGCGCUCAACUCAACCCUCGACAACUCGGCAUAUAACAAUCGAGGCGUGAAGCGCAGCCGCUCCCCGGCCGAACCCGUCGACACCGGUACGUCGGCGUCCAACGUCCACACCCACUUUGCGCGUCCAAAUGCUGACGUGUUAGACGACUUUAAACCACGAAAGCGCGGUCGCCCUCCCAAGCAGAAGACUGCCGACAGCCCCCAAAUGGCAUCCCAUCCGGUCCACCUGUCGUCGCCGCUUGCUGUACAGACUCCCCAAAUCAAGCAAGGUGGAAACCAAUCCUCACCAUCGCAGGCUUCACCCCAACGACAGACACCAGCGUCGGGCCAAAAGACGACCGUUGUCAAGGCCCUGCCCACUGUUAGAGACCAUACUACAGACCAACUCGGCGCCGAAGGUGAUGAAUAUAUCCCACGCGAAAUCGACGAAGCCGGCGAGAAGAAGGUAUCAGGCAAUGGCUAUCCGCUCGAAGGUCGCGAGUACCGCAUCAGGACAUUCACCGUGCCCAACAGAGGCGAAAAACUAUUCAUGCUGGCCACAGAAUGCGCGCGCGCAUUGGGCUACCGUGAUUCAUAUCUGCUUUUUAACAAGAAUCGAUCACUCUUCAAGAUCAUCGCAAACCAACCGGAAAAGGACAAUCUUAUUCACCAGGAGAUCCUUCCUUACUCAUACCGUUCCAGACAAAUAGCAAUUGUCACGGCGCGAUCCAUGUUCCGUCAGUUCGGCAGUCGCGUCAUCAACAAUGGAAGACGAGUUCGCGAUGAUUACUGGGAAUCAAAGGCAAGAAGCCAAGGCUUCACCGAAGAAGAUGCAGCUGGAGAAAAGCGUCCUGGUGCCGCCAAGCAGAGGGAAGCCGCAGCCGCCGAAGCCAGCACUAACACGACUGCCCUCACUGCCAUGCCCCAUACCGAUAUCAUUUAUACGAACGGACCUGGACUCGAAGGCCAUCCACAGGUUCCGCCGGGCAUCCACCCCGUUACGCUGGCUCCUCUCAGCAUGAUUAACAUGCCAUCUGAUGACCCCAGAGUUGCCGAUUUCCGUGGCAUCGCUCGUCCGAGACAAGAACUUACAGGACCUGCUUAUCAAGACCGGACUCAGCCCAGCAACCCUCAAGAAGUCUUCAACCAAGCAAACCAGGCCGCCGAGUUCAACAAGGCUUUGACCCAACAGCGCGUCGUGCGUAGUCAAUACUACGAGGACUAUUGGAAGCGUCCCCAUGAACCUCCGACCCCUCCGCCGCAGCCUCACAUGCCUGAUGCCUCAGACCUCGGCACCGUCGCCCCUCACAACCUGCAGUCACCUCAAAGUCGUCUGCCUUCUAUCUCGCAGCCUUCCAUGAUGGGUCACCAGCAAGCUGCCGCUCACAUGAUGCCUGCUCAGUUCCAUCAGCCCAAUCAACAAAAUCCUAUGCAGUCACCCGUCAGAUCCAUGCACCAGCAGCUUCCCUCAUCGCAGAUGCACCAGACUUCCCCAGCCAUGGCUAUGGCUUCUAUGCGCCAGCAGACGCCCUCUUACGGUUACCAGCAGGGUCAAAUGUGGCCGCCCUCGCAGCCCCAGCCCUCUCCUCUGUCUCAGGCCCACAGUAUGGCUCAAUUCCAGCAACCCCCGCAACAGUCACCCAUGCAUCCUCCAUCUCAGAUGGCCGCUAUGGGUGGAUAUUCUUCCAUGAACCACCCGAUGGGUGCCGCCGGAGCCUUUGCCAGUAUGAACCGUAACAUGUAUCAAGCCAGCCCAAGCCCUCAGCACUUUGCCAUGCAGCAGCAACAACAGCAACAACAGCAGCAGCAGCAGGCGACUCCUGUGCCUCAGCAGCAGAACAUGCAUGGUUGGGCGCCUCCAUCCACCGGCUCGGCCACCGGCAUGACACCUCAGGACUGGCAACGCUACCAGUAGAACUUGGAAUGCGACCGAAACAAACGGCUUUGAAGCUGUGUGACAGCUUCCUCACGAAGGAUUAGGCUCAAGCAUACAUCUGGCAAGGACAAAUGUCCUCUAAGAGCCAAGCUACUCCAGCGACGGAUCACAACCCCCGAAAC